GUGAUAAGGCUUCUGGAGAAAUGCUUCUCAUCAUUCUCGGCAGGUGGAGCAGGACCUCACAUGCGUCACGCGCCGUGGACUUUAAAUAAAGGCUGAUGAGUCUCGCGCCUCUAACGGUCUUAACGGAGCGGUGUGGAUUCCUAGGGUCAUCACCGUACCUCCAGUCCGGUCACCACCUUUACACCUUGUGGGACUACUUCCAGUCCGUGUGUGCGCGUGUGCGUGGACACCAUGGCCAGCCAGGGUCUGCAGCUGCUCGGCUUUCUGCUCGCCCUUCUGGGUCUCGCCGCCACCAUCGCCGCCACCUUCAUGGUGGAGUGGAAGAAACAGUCCCAGGGUAAGACCCACCGCAUCUAUGAGGGGCUGUGGAUGAGCUGCAGCGGCUACGAGAGGACCACCUGCGAGUUCCACGAGUCUCUGUUCAAAGUGUCAGUUGAGACUCAGGCCACCAGGGCUGUGUUGCUGUUUAGCGUCAUCCUCUCGGCUGUGGCUGUGCUGGUUUCCACAGUGGGGAUGAAGUGCACCCGCUUCAUGGACGGAAAAGCUGAGAGCAAAUCCACCACAGCUAUGAUCGGAGGAAUCCUCUUCAUGGUUUCAGGAUUACUGACCCUCAUCAUCACCUCCUGGUAUGUCAAAAUGAUUGUACAGACCUACAAACAGUCCCAUCGCUUGCAAAGUUUCGAGUUCGGAAAGGCGGUGUUCGUCAGCUGGGCUGGCAGCCUCCUCACCUUGGUGGGUGGAGCCUUCCUGAGCUGCCGUAGGUGUUCGCGGUCAUCAUCAUCUGGUUCAGUGACCUCCAGCCAUCUCUUGACCACAGCCAACCCCAAAUCCAACUACGUCUAGAGUCCAGGAGGAGGAGAAGCCUUACAGUCGACCCCCAGGGGUCAGUUUUUCAUUUCAGUUUAAUCAGUGGUUCUCAACUGGUCUGGCUUUGGGACCCAUUAUUACUCCUCAAUGACAAGCCAUGACCCAAACUGAUAAAAGUUAAACUUCUCAAAUAAAUUUAAUAAAAAGAUGGUGUGUUUUGAACCUGAGAUAAUACAGAAUAUCACAGAAGACAAGUUUCAUGAUGUACCAAACUGACCAGCGGAUGGUGAUUCUAAAAAGGGAAAUAUUCCCUGUCGCCAUAGGUAUAUUUUAACCAAAACUAAAAAUGUGCACUCAAUUAAAAAUUAAAAGUGCAUUCAGUCACUUAUUCAAGUAUUAAACAUACUGAGGUUUUUUUCCUCAAUGUAUAAGUAAAACCAUAUCUGAUAUAGUUGUUGUCAGGGUGCGAUUUGUCAACAAAAAAAAACAGAGGGGGGGAUUUUUUUUUUUUAAUCAUGAAAAAACAAGCAAUCAACAGGCCUAAUUUUUAAGUUAACAGUAGGCCUUAUUACAUGUCGAACAGUUGGACAUUUAUCUUUAAUGCAAACUAAAAAUACAUGAAACAUUGAAUUUUCUGCGAUGGCCACACCUGCAAUGUGGAGCGUUUUGCCCUUCUUUUAUCCACAUCUCUGUGAACUUCUGAGCAGGUAACGAACACACAUCUGGCCCAUUAACAGCGAUGAAGAGAAGACUGUCCAGUGUGGACAUGUUCACUCUGUGGCACUCAUCAGUGAGGAUGUGAUUCAUGCACUAAAUCCACGUUUGCACUCUGCUAUUGACACAGGGAGUGUGGAGAUGACAGGAAACACUUUGUGGAGAUUGUCUCCUUGGACUCUAUGGCAUUUAUAUUCUUGAAACUCUUUCAGAAGCAAAGGGAUGUCUGAGACCUCAGCAGCAAGAGUUUUUUGAACUAAAGAGUAAUGUUUGAGAGAGAGAGAGAGAGAGAGAGAGAGAGAGAGAAAGACACAGAGAGACACUGAUAUAUCCAGAGAGAGACAGCUAAGGUAUACAGUGUAUUUAUGUGCAUGGUGAUGUUUGCGAAUUCUGAGACUACCAACAGUUUACCUUCCCGAGGAUGAAAUUCUUUAAGCAGAAGUAGGAAUGUAAAAACCAGAGGGGGGGUUGAUCCCCACCAUUACCCCCAACAAAUCCCACCCUGGUCAUUGUCAUACCUGAGUUUUGCCAUGAUUUGAACAGAAACUUUUGGGUCUUUUUUAUGCUGUGAAAUGUCUGGUGUUAAUUAUGAUUAUAGCGCAUUACUACCACCUACUGUUGGGGAGUGUGAAUGGAUGGUGCUCAGCUCAUUAAAAAAUAAAGCACAGGAUUGGUUCAUCAGUAUUAUUUUUUGUCCAGUCAAAGGCCCACGAUCCACUGAACAUGGGUUUGCAACCCACUUUUGAGUCAUGACCCACCAGUUGAGAAUCACUGAGUUAAAUAAUUCAACUUCGGGUCCAAACAGUCUCAGCUGACAACCUUACAGCUGUUUUAUCUUCAUUCAGAGGAUCUAAUGUUGAAUAAUUCACCAGCCUGUGUUUGGUUUUCCCAGAACAUAAACCUCUGUUCUUCUUCAACACUUUUAAUAUGUUUGUACAAAUCAAUCUUUACCUCUACAGUUUUAUAUAUGUGUAAUAUAUUUUUCUUUAAGUGCAUGUUAAUUAUGUGGCUUAUGUUUUGUUUUUUUCUGAUGUUUUAUGACUUUUACGGUUUUAUUGAUUAUGUAACACAUUUGGAGGCAGUUUGAAAAAGCAAGAUGAAAUGAUGUAAAUACUGAAAAGAUGAAUAAAAUGUUAUUUUCGUCAGCUUGA